AUGGUUUCAAAGUGUGUGUAUUUGUCGGGAAUCGCGGCUCUGACUAAAGAAAACCUCGAGCUUCUGGGCAUCACUUUAAUCAUAAACGCCACUUACGAGUGGCCUGAUGUGCACACGAAGAUGUGCAUCAAUAUAAGAGUUCCGGUCGCCAACUCUGAAGGCGACGACAUCUCCGUCUACUUCGACGACGUUUCGUAUAUUAUCAACGAAAACAUGCGAAACGGAGGCAAUACUGUAGUUCAUAGUGUCUUCGGCAAGAGUCGAUCGACAACUCUUGUAUUGGCAUAUCUGGUAAAAUACGAGAGAAUUGCGCUCAAGAAUGCCUUCAUAUCAGUGAAGAACAUAAGAGAGACCGCCAGACCUAACGUCGGCUUUUGGGACCAACUCAUCAAAUAUGAGAUUAAGAUCAGAGGCGUUGCGUCCGUCAAAAUGCUAACCAAGAAAGUGGACGGCUUUGACAUUAGAUAUCCCGAUCUCUAUCCGGACACGUAUGAGGCACUGUCGGCCGAAAGAGAGGCUCAAAUCAGAGACAACAUUAAACCUAAAUCAAAUUAG